AUGGACAACUCCAAUGUCAACGAUUUGUUUCGAAAGAUUGUGGAGUUGGCAUCCGUAGAAGUGGGGCCCCAAGGAAGUGAAGCCUUAGAAUCCACAGGGUGGGAUUGCUCCAAAGAGAUUCGAGAGAAGGCAAAGGAGAUCCUUGGUAUCCUCAAAGCUCCCUUGCACACCUCCGAAGUGGUGGAGAUGAGCAGCACAGGAGUCUCUGACUGCUUCGUCGUGAUCAAGAACAUGGCGCAGCAGGUGUUGGCAGAGUCGGGAGACGGCACUGUAAACAGUGCUAUGAAUUGCAGAAAAAUCAUUGCCGCCACUCGCAGACUCGAAGAGCUACUGAAGCCAUCUCUGUCCACGGGAGUGGUUUCAGGCAUAGAUCCCGAUUCAGCAGUUGUUGACCCUUUAGUUCGUGCUGAGUCUGAUGCAUUUACCCAGCAGACAGGCGCAUCUCACCCUGGUUGCAGCGAGCAAUCAGAUCGGGUGGAAGCCGAGAGUUCAAACCUGGAUGAGAUUGUUUCAGGUGGAAGUACGGAAACCAACAUGCUGCGCCAGGGCCAGGACGGCAAUCAUCCUGACAUUGGUCUCACAUUGCGUUCAUUGGGAGAGCUGAGUCAGCAAGAAGGAGACCUCAAGAAAGCAAAGGAGUACUUCAACGAGGCCUUGACUGUGACUCGCUCUGGCAUUAGUGACAAAGAUGAUCACAAGGUCGCAGAAAUGUUGCAUUCAUUGGGCGAGUUGAGUCAACAAACUGGCGAUCUCAAAGGGGGCAUUAGGUUCUUGCAAGAAUCCUUGAACGUGCAGCGGUCCCUGCAUGGUGACUGUGACCAUCGUGGCAUUGCAGCCACUUUGCAGAAGCUGGGGGAUCUAACUGCGCAAAAUGGAGAUCCCAAGCAGGGCAUUGUGCUUUUGCAGGAGUCCUUGCGGAUGCAGCGGUCCCUGUAUGGUGACCGUGCCCAUCCCAGCACUGCAGCCACUUUGCAGAAACUGGGGGAUCUAACUGCGCAGGGUGGAGAUACCAAGCAGGGCAUUCAGUUUUUGCAAGAGUCCUUGCGGAUGCAGCGGUCCUUGCAUGGUGACCGUGCCCAUCCCGGCAUUGCAGCCACUUUGCAGAAACUUGGGGAUCUGAAUUCACGCAGUGGAGAUCUCAAGCAGGCCAUCAAAUUCUUGCAAGAAUCCUUGCAGGUGCAGCGGUCCGAGCAUGGUGAGCGUGACCAUCCGGGAAUCGCAACCACCUUGCACAAACUUGGGGAUUUGACUGCGCAGAGUGGAGAUCUCAAGCAAGGCAUGCAAUUCUUUCAAGAAUCCUUGCGGAUGCAGAGGUCCCUUCACGGAGAUUGUGAUCACCUUGGAAUUGCAAUCACCUUGCACAAGCUGGGAGAUGUAGCUAUUCUCAGGGGAGAUUCCAAGCAAGGCAUUGAGUUUUUGCAAGAGUCCUUGAAGAUGCAGCGGUCCUUACAUGGUGACCGCAACCAUGCCGGAGUUGCAAUCACUUUGCGGAAACUCGGGGAUGUCAUGGCCCAGACUGGGGAUGUUGCUCAAGCACUGGAAAAAUUGCAGGAGUCAGCAGAAGUAAAUCGCUCCUUGUAUGGUGAAAAGGACCAUCCUAAUGUUGCCGAUGUAUUGCACUCGCUUGGAAAAGCAAAUCAGCGGGCAGGCGAUUUCGAGCAAGCAGAAAAGUUUUUGGAACAGUCCUUGCGGAUGAAGGAGUCGCUCUUUGCUGACAAGAAACACCCCAGCCUCAGACUCACCUCGAAUCUAGUGGACCAAGUGCGCGCGCUGGCACAGAUUGCAAACAAGUUCAAGGCCAUCAGGGACCUUGCGAGUUUCAAAGACGAAGGCCUGGCUGCUCUCACCAGAGAUGCAGAAGCAAUGCUCGAAGCUACGUCGCAGGCUGCUCUCACCAGAGAUGCAGAAGCAAUGCUCGAAGCUAUGUCGCAGGCUGCUCUCACCAGAGAUGCAGAAGCAAUGCUCGAAGCUACGUCGCAGAUUGAUAAGAUUGCGCAAGAGAUCCUCUCCAAGCUGCAGAAACCUACCAGUGAACAUGCAGAAAGUGAGGACAAAGCGCAAGGUAGUGUUUACGACAUUUUCGGGCAGAUAUGUGCGGAUGCAGAGGACAUGAGGAAGCCGGAUCUCGCAACUAACCCAGACCUUCAUACCACUUGGGCUGCAGCUUGCACGCGCAUGAUUUUUGCAAGUCAGAAAGCUGCAGAGAUUCCGAAACGGAUGAUCGUCAUCAAGGAUUACUUCAAACGAAUCAAUGUCUCUGCGCUUGAUCUUGGUGAUAUGUUUGAGGAUGAAUGUGCAGAUACUGCAGACGCAAACCCGCAACAUGACUUCGAUUUUCAUAGCUUCGUCUUGUCAGAGGCAAGCUUGAUUCGGCAGCUUGCCACGAAGAUUCUGAAGGUUCAUGGUGCCCAACCUGCCGCAGAUUUGGAAGCCCGGAAUCCCCAGACUAUCUACUCAAAGCCUGAGGUCACUCGAGCUGUUUUUUUCGGAGGGUCUACUGACAUUUGCAUGGACAUUGCAGGUCAGGCUGGAUUUAUGGUGGCCGGCACACAUAGUUACACCUUCGAGACUGCUUGCAAUGAUAUCAUCAGGCACACCUUUGCAAUGGAAGAUCUGUUGCUUGACUUCAUUUGGGCAACGAAAGGUGCGAGAAAGUCUGAGCAGGACUCCAUCAUCCAGACCUUUAGAAAGAUUCGUAAAAUUGCACUGGAGUGUGAAUCGCAAGUUGACGGAUAUGGGUAUAAGGAGACUUACGAUAUUGACAAGGUGUUGCUAGAGACAAUGUCAAUUCGGCAGCUUGCUCAGAAGAUCCUUGAUCAGUACCGAGCUCCUGUUGGUGAGCGAUUGAAGGACCUUGAAGAAGACAAAGUUUCAAAGGUCUUCGGCGUUAUUGUUGAUGCUGCAGUCGAAAUGGUGCUACUCCCAGGCAACAACGACUCCGACUACCUGGCUGCUUGCAGGGAAAUCAUUCAUGCCACGCACGGCAUAGAGGAGCUCGUGAAGCCACCAGGGUUGAGUGCAUCGAAAAUGACCUUGGACGAUGAGACAGCUUCAACUGCUUCCUUACCAGACACAGUGGAGUCAUAUCAGGUGGGAUCCAGUACGAGCUCGUCAGACACCUCGGUUGCGUCGGUUGUCCGAACGGAUUCAAUCAAGGUUGGCCUCGCAGAUGAUCGAAGUAUCUUUGCGGAAUACGUGUCAGGGAGACCUCAAGAUUGCGUGGCGAAAUACUUGCCUUGGACGCCAGAUGGUAUCACCUAUUACCACUUAUGGAUCCAAAGAACAAUUUGCUUGCAUCACGUGACAGGAACUUGUGUCAAAAAGGACACAUGUAAGUGGCUUCAUCCAAACUAUUUGGACAUUUUGGAAGCUUUGAAUCGUCUCAUGAGAUCUGCUCCAGUCGCUGAACCAGACAGUGCGGGAAAAGAAUGGUGGCCCAAUGGAUAUGCUGGGAGAGGCGAGUGACAGUGCCGGGCCACGCUCGAACAGGAGCGUGGCCCGGCAAGCAAAGACAGCUGUAGCAUGUUCUCAGGAAUCCUCAAAGCAUUCAAAGAAAGGCCAGAGGUCAUCGUGGAGUUCGUUUUUUUCACCUAUGUUCAAAAACCAGUGCUACACUUUUUGUCGAAGUUCGCGCAGACCCAGAUUGGGGAGUUGGAGAUGGAAGAAGUUCGCCUCCAGAGACUGUUCCGAUAUUUUACGAUGUUUUGCGAUGACAUAGGUCCGGUCUCGACUAUGAAAGUGCUCAAGCGUUGAAGGGCAGUCACAGAGACUGGUGACCGGGUGAGGAUUCUGAAAA